CACACACUAUUGCAUAUGAUGACAGAACUGACACACGUGAAUAUUUAAAUUCUUUCUAUAGACAAUAAAGCAAACACUGCUUUCUGUCAUUUUUUAAUAGGUAAAAAGAUGGCUUAUCGCAAAGUGAACGCAGACCAGAGAACACAGGGGCACUCUCAAUACCUUGACAACGAUGACCUCCAGGCCACCACAUUGGAACUAGAAUGGGACAUGGAAAAAGAGCUGGAGGAGCCUGGCUUUGACCAUUUCCAACUGGAUGGCACAGUUGAUCACCGUUCGGGAAAUUCACAAAACACCAACAUUGAUCUCGAGCCUAUUCAGCCCUCGGCAUCCCCUAAAGGAAGAUUUCAGCGACUUCAGGAAGACCCGGACUAUGUGUCACAUUAUACAAGACCAGCACCAAAGAGCAAGCGCUGCAACUUUUGUCGGAUAUUUAAACUAUUUUGCACAGUUUUGACUUUAUUUAUUUUUGGAAUUUUAAUAGGAUAUUAUGCACACAAAAAAUGUCCUCCUUCCCCCACGCCUUCAGAACCAAGUGACCCUCAUUUCUACCAUGAUAUUCUCAAGGAAAUCAAAGCUGAAAAUAUUCAGAAGAUUUUCAGAGAUUUGAUACAGUUGCCUAGGAAAGAAGAAGAUACAGACAUUGCAAUGAAACUUCUGGUUCAAUGGACGUCUUGUGGCCUUGAAGAUGUUCAGCUAGUAAAUUACUCUGUCUUGCUUGACCUGCCAGGCUCUUCUUCAAAUACAGUAACUUUGAAAAAUAGUGGUGAAUGCUUUUAUCCUAGUGGACAGAAGUGUUACAGGGAGACCAAAAAGCUUCACAGCCAAGACCUUCUGUACUCAUACGCCGCUUACUCUGCCAAAGGAACUCUCGAGGCAGAAGUAAUUGAUGUGCAGUAUGGGACUGUAGAAGAUUUAGUCCUGAUUCAAGCCAUGACAAAUGUGACCAAUAAAAUCGCACUUCUGAAGCUAGGACAAUCACCUUUACUCUAUAAGCUUUCUCUGUUAGAAGAGGCGGGGUUUGGAGGCGUCCUUCUUUAUGUUGAUCCUUGUGAUUUACCAAAGACUCAAAACCUUAGUGAUAAAGCAUUCAUGGUUUCCCUAAACAAUGGAGGAGACCCAUCGACACCUGGUUAUCCCAGUAUUGGUAAGUACUAUUCUAGGUCUGUCCAGUUAAAUGGCAUUUUAAAUUUGAUUGUAAAUAAUACAUGAGCUGAAA